GGUGUUUGAUGUUGUUCUGCCUGUGUGAUUGGUCAGGGCUUGGCGGAGAUGGACUGUGCUGUGUGCUCAGUGCCGUCGCUGGGCUCUAGGUUUAGAUCUAUAAACUGUAAUUUGGGGUUUCUGAGCCCAACACUGUACUUUUCCUCUCAGAAUGAAAAGCAUCUUCGUGCUAUACUGAGCUUCGAUAAUUAGACAGUGUGAGUUGGUGUGUGUGAGAAAGAGCAAGGCGGAGCAGCGCGUCUGUUUGGUACGGCUUACAGAGCUUCAGGACUUUUCCCAUCAGGGAGGAGAAGGGCUGAGAACGAAGAACACAGGAGGGAGAGGAUUGAGCGAUGGAUAGAUGGAUGUAUGGAUGGAUGGAUUAGCAGCUUAAGGAAGCUCCUGGUGUGUUUGAUUAGCUCGGGCUCACCUGGGGUUUUGCAACAAGCACAACAACCUGUGAUGGAUGAGUUUAAGGACGCGCUGGCUUUCUGUUGGCUAAUUAGUUUCGGGUCAGUGUGUGUUUUGGAGCUGUGUUUGUGUUGUAAGCCCGGUCGAUCUCUCUCGCAGGCGUCACACACACACACACACACACACACACACACACACACACUCUAAGCUGGGCUGAACAGGGACGGCCCCGGCCUCAUCACUCCUCUCCACGGAAUCAGGACGUUACAGCACGGCUUCCAUUCCAGUAUGUAUUCUUAGAAUCCUCCACAUGCUGAAGACUGAGUCAUUCAGGGUCAUGGGACUGAAACAUACAUGACUAACAUCGCACACUGGGCGGUGUUGCUCUAUCUGGACACUUGUCACUGGAUCAUAUUCUACCUCAUCCUCUGAUCUAGAAGAUACAUCUCGGCCUGGAAGCUUUUAGAAACCUCCUGAAGGCUUUGAGGACUCUGGCAUGGAAAACGUGAGCAUGUUCUGUUUGGAAUAAGUUCGAACACCAAGUCUCCAGACCAAAGCUGACCUGUUUGGACCAGAACCACAAAGGCUUGUGGAUUAAAUCUGGCUAUAGAUGGGGAAUAUAGGCUGGAGAAACCAGCCAGCCACAGAGGCGACUGAUCCGGGGCUGGAAAUACAGCAGGAUGCAGACUCCCAGAGGUCACACCUCUCCUCCUUCACCAUGAAGCUGAUGGAUAAGUUCCAUUCCCCCAAGAUCAAGCGCACGCCUUCCAAGAAGGGCAAGCAGCACCCGCCGGAGCCGGCCGUCAAAAGCACGGAGAAACCAGUCAACAGGAAGGUGAGCCGAUUGGAGGAGCAGGAGAAGGAGGUGGUGAGCGCGCUGCGGUAUUUUAAAACCAUCGUGGACAAAAUGGCAGUGGAUUCCAAAGUGCUGCAGAUGCUGCCAGGAUCCGCCAGCAAAGUUCUGGAGGCCAUUCUGCCUCUCGUGCAGGUGGAGGCAAGAGUCCAACACAGCUCGGCCAUAUCCUCCUGUCAUAAUCGAGUGUAUCAGAGUUUGGCUAAUCUCAUCCGCUGGUCUGACCAGGUGAUGCUGGAAGGCAUCGACCUUGACGACAAGGACACUGUGACAACCGUUACCACGGUGAUAAAGGCGGUGCUGGAUGGUGUGAAGGAGUUGGUGAAACUGACUAUAGAGAAGCAAGAGCAGCCAUCCCCGACAUCUCCCAGCAAGCCAGUGCCCCCUGUGGCCAAACCCGAGAGUGAGUGUGAAAUGCCUCUAACGGAGCGGGAGAAGGAAAUCUUGAACAAGACCACGCCUAUUGCCACUCCCACAGACAGUUUGACGGACAUUUCCGAGGAGGAAGUGGCUCCGCCCAAGCCUCCGCUUCCGGGGCUGAAGUUAGCAGAACACAGGAGCAGGAUGCAGUUGUGCUCCGAUCCUGUUGCCGGGCAGUGGAGGGCGGCGGUGAUGGAAACCCCACCCGCUCUGCCUCCAAAGAAGCGCCAGUCCGCGCAUUCUCCCCCCCGAGUUGCCAUCGUGGCGCCCAUGAGCAGGACCAACUGUGGCCUCAACCUGCCACCCGGAGCUCUUAAACAGCAGCAGGAGUACGAAGUGGACCUCCACCACAGACGCUUUUCUGGCGGCAGCCAGUCAUACGGUGGGGAUUCGCCCCGCCUCUCACCCUGCAGCAGCAUGGGAAAGCUGAGCAAGUCGGACGAGCAGCUUUCAUCCCUGGAGAGAGACAGCGGCCAGUGCUCACGCAACACCAGCUGCGAAACGCUCGAUAACACAGAAGGAUACGAUCCUGACUACGACUUCCUUCAUCAGGAUCUCUCCGUGUCCGAGCCUUUACCGUUUCCCACAGUUCACAGCGGCUGCCUGAGCCCUCUCCCAGAAAGCCUCAGUGAGUCUCCGUCCCCAGGCCCCACCCACCCCCGCUUCAGUGCCCCCCUGACCAGUCAGAGCUCUCUGGAUCACUGGACUCCGCCCUCCGCUGCUGGAGCGUCCAAUGGGGAGCAGCCCCCCGCCCUGCCGCAGAAGAAGCGGCGCUCAGCUCCGAUCCUGUCAACCUGUCCGCUGUACGAGCGGCUUCCCUCGCACUACGACAACUUGCAAGAGGAGGACACGCCCACACCGCCGUUUCCAUUGGUGACACCCGUGUCUCCUGGGCCACAGUGCAACGGGAGCGAAGCCCAGACUCCGAGCGUCUUCAGUGACAGCCCACCACCUCUACCGGAGAAAAAGAGCAAAACCAUCCUGCAGUACAUGCAGUUUGUGGAGGAUUACUCGGAGCCACAGCCGUCUGUCUUCUACCAGACCCCUCAGAGCGAGCGCAUCUACGAGCAGCGGCGGAACAAACACUUCCAGGAGGUUUACGGCAUCCACGAGUCUUACAGCAGCUCGGAUUCAGUCCACGAGCCCGCACCACCCCCCGCCCUGCCCCCGAAACAGAGACAGCUGGCGUCUCACUCGUCCUCUCCUUCCUCCUCUUCCUCCUCUUCCCUUUCUCUUCUCCCUCCAUCCACUGGUGUUCCGGAGGAGGCGGAGUCUGCUCUUGGUCUCAGCCUGUCUGUGUCUAACUCCUUCCUUAGUGGCCACGCCUCUCUGACCACACCCAUGAGCGAGAGUGCCAAUGAUGAAGGUGGAGAGGGAGAGUAUGUGAACCUGUACUCCACCACUCAGGCCAACGGAGACACUACACACCACUCGGACACACCCGAACACUGUGAUGAUGUCGUUAUUCAGGACCCUGCCCCCCACAUACCCCCGUCCAAUAGCAAGGAGGCUUUAGCCAAAGACAGGUUGAAGUCGACAGACUCGGACCACGUUAAAGAGGACGUUGAUGAACUGACUCUCGUGGAUCACAAAGAGAUCAUGAAUCGCAUCACUCUUAAAGCAGAGGGCGAUGAUGGGCCUGAUGUUAGAGCCGGCUCCAGCGACAUUCUGUUAGUCCACGCCACCGAAACGGAUCGCAAAGAUUUGGUGUUGUACUGUGAAGCUUUUCUGACUACAUACAGAACCUUCAUCACACCUGAAGACCUCAUCAAGAAACUACACUACAGAUACACUCACUUCUGCCACAGUCCAGACACGUUUAAGAAGCGCGUCAGUAAGAACACGUUCUUCGUGCUGGUGAGGGUGGUGGACGAGCUCUGUCUGGUGGAGCUGACGGAGGACAUCCUGAGGCAGCUGAUGGAGCUGGUGUUCCGGCUGGUGUGUAACGGAGAACUCAGCCUGGCUCGGGUUCUCCGCAAGAACAUUCUAGAUAAAGUGGAACAGAAGAGACUACUGCGACACACACACAUCCUCAAACCGCUCGCCGCACGAGGGGUCUCGGCCAGACCCGGAACGCUGCAUGACUUCCGGAGCCAUGAGAUCGCCGACCAGCUCACGCUUCUGGACGCUGAACUCUUCUACAAGAUCGAGAUUCCAGAGGUACUUCUGUGGGCGAAGGAGCAGAAUGAGGAGAAGAGUCCCAAUCUGACUCAGUUUACAGAGCACUUUAACAACAUGAGCUACUGGGUGCGCUCUAUAAUCAUCCAGCAGGAGAAAGCUCAGGACAGGGAGAAGCUUCUGCUGAAGUUCAUUAAGAUCAUGAAGCACCUGAGGAAGCUGAAUAACUUCAACUCGUAUUUGGCCAUUCUGUCGGCUCUGGACUCUGCACCCAUCAGGAGGCUUGAGUGGCAGAAGCAGACAUCAGAGGGUUUGGAGGAAUACUGCACGCUGAUCGACAGCUCAUCCUCUUUCCGAGCGUACAGAGCAGCGUUAGCUGAUGUGGAGCCUCCCUGCAUCCCGUACCUGGGGUUGAUCCUGCAGGACCUGACGUUCGUCCACCUGGGGAACCCAGACCUGAUUGAUGGAAAGGUGAAUUUCUCCAAGCGCUGGCAGCAGUUCAACAUCCUGGACAGCAUGAGACGCUUCCAGCAAGUGCACUACGAGCUGAAACGGAACGAGGACAUCAUCUCCUUCUUCAACGACUUCAGCGAUCACCUCGCCGAGGAGGCGCUGUGGGAGCUCUCGUUAAAGAUCAAGCCGCGGAACAUCACGCGCCGCAAGACGGAGCGCGAGGAGAAAACUUAGAGGGAGAAUGGUAUGCUAGAACCUUUUUGAGAACUGAGAGAAUAGCAGCUAGAGAAAACUUUUCAGUGGACAUACAAAUUAAACCUUAAAAGGACUUAAAAAGACUGAUGCAAAUGCAAUAUUCUUUCCCAAGAGGAGAAGCUGAACCCAAUACAGAUAUAUGCACACACGCACAGUGUAAGACCUAACUUGUAUAUGCGCAUUAUUUGUGUGUUUGUGAGUGGAACAUGCAGGAGUUUGGGAGGGUUCAGUCAACCUCGAUCACUGUGUCUGCAUCAGCGAUGAACGCUUGCACUCAUACAGACUCAAACCAGUGGACUUAAAACGCCCCGAACGGACAGAACGUUUUCCCUGUCGGACGACUGCUGGGAUUCGGGACUUCUUGUUCGAUAUAAUGCAACGAGAAAUGAGGAAAGACUUUGAACUCAUGUGGGAGAGACUGAGCCUUUGGGUUAAACUGGAUUCUGUUUUUUCCGCCCGUCUAAAUCUCCAGACUCCGGCCCCGUGGCCGCCGGUCUCACCAGCUUUGGACUUGCGUUUGGUGACGUUCACUGAAGUGCUCAAUGUCGUCAUGACAAAUCGGCAAGGCUGUGUGGCUGCAAGCGCUAAAGGGAGGGCACUUCAGCGCGACUCACUUCCGUGGUUGACAUUGACGCCCAAAAUCUGUGCAACAUUAACCUGAGCUACUAAUUCUGAAGUCUGACCAACAGGAACGGGGCGAAUUAGACCCGUCUGCCCUGCGGACUUUCUCAGUAACGUCCAAGUCCGGAGAUUUAGAUCUGGCAUUUGUGUUUGUGUGCGUGCGCGAGUGACCUCCGAUGACCGCUUACCGUCCCCUCAGCAUCAGUGUGCAAGACUGGACUGUGAUGUCUCAAGGGGGUCUGGGAUGGCUCAAAGUUGCCAGGCAACACUUUUGAGUGACAGUUGGGGUGUUUUUAAUUCCUUCGUGUAUGAUAACGUUAUGUAUGAUAAGUGUAUGAUGAUGUACAGCUCCGAUGUUUAUUCUCUGCAUAUAUAGUUAAGCAGUUAUGAGGAGAGAACAGUUUUUGUUUUUUUGUAUCUCAAACCAAACAAUUUAUGCACUAAAAAAAAUGAGAAAACAACAACAAAAAGCAAAAACACUAGGACUGACGAUGCUGUGAUCUCUGUAAACGUGUUCCAGUGCCAGUAUGUGUGUGUGUGAGUCGUCUAGUGUCGUCUGUGAAUGAUGUUGCUGAGAGAACCUGAGGUUGCGUGUGUGUGUGUGUUGUGGUGUGCUGAAGUGUGUGUGUGUGUUGUGGUGUGCUGAAGUGUGUGUGUGUGUGUGUGUGUUGUGGCGUUGCUGUUUACUGACUCCUGGGAAAUUCUUUUGUGUUACACUCAUCACAUAUUGUGCUUUCAUCCACCAAUAAAAACUGCUCUUUCUAUAUAUGUA